UAAGAUGUUGCCAAGAUCAGCUGGUCUUGUUGCGUUGGUCUUCUUUCAAGUCUCAUGCUGUUUUGCUCUGUUAGGGAGUAAUUUCUUGAUUUACGACAAGAAUGUAAAUAAAUGUCUGAAAGGCUAUCAGCCUCUGAAGCUGUUCUACUGCGAUUCCAACGAACCCAAACAGAAGUUCCGCUGGACGUCUAACGACCGCAUCCUCAAUGUUCAGAUGAGCAAAUGUCUGGGAGCUGGGAGCAAAGCGGACGGCUCAGGCCUGCAGUGGUACAUCUGUGAUGAAACAAGUGCACUCCAAAAGUGGGUGUGCAAGAACGACACACUAUUAAAUCUGAACGGGACAAAUCUUUUCUUAUCUCAGGAUGAAAACACAAUUCUGAAACUCACCCAAGACAUUGGAGCUGCUAGUCAGUGGUUAAUACAUGGCACCACAGAGGGCCUUUGCUCACAGCCAUAUCAAGAGCUGUACACAUUCGAUGGCAACGCCUUUGGUCGCCCAUGCCACUUUCCUUUCCGAUUUGAGGGAAAAUGGUACUCCAACUGUAUUACCAAGAAAUCAACUAAUCGUCUGUGGUGCUCACCUGAGAGAGACUAUCAGCAAACGUGGGGGUACUGCCCCACUAAAUCAUCAGAACACUGGAAGAAAAAUCCAGUGACUGGCGUCUUCUACCAGGUCAACGUAAACUCUGCCCUCACUUGGCACCAAGCCAGGAGGAGCUGCCAGCAGCAGGACUCAGACCUGCUGAGUAUAACUGAGCCCCAGGAGCAAACCUUCAUAUCAAGCCUCACAAGUGGGUUUAAAACGAUAUUUUGGAUUGGACUGAACAGAUUAAAUACUGUGAAUGGCUGUAUUGAAACUAGUGGCUUUAGUGGACUGUAUCUAGGGCCUGGAUACACCUCUACCACCUUCCCAAUUUGCCAGAGGGAACGUGGUAUCUGUGGGUCCACCAUCAUGACUACAGAGCCCACUGUGAGGUCAGGAGCUGGAGACGUCCAUUUCCCUCUCCUCUGCAGGCCAGGCUGGCAAUGGACCAAUGGAGAGCCAUUCCGUUAUUUGAGAUGGGGUUCAGGGCAGCCUAACAGAGAACAUGGAUGGUCCUGUGGCGCUCUCAGCACCAUGGAAACUUAUAGCUGGCAAAAUAAACUCUGCUCAAAAAAGCUGGGCUAUAUCUGCCAGAAAGGAACUCCAAAACCCACUAGUCUUCCAGGCCUCCAGGUUUCUUGCAGUGCUCCAUGGAUUCCAUAUGCAGGUCACUGCUAUUUUCUGAAUCGCACAAAGAACACGUGGAAGGAUUCUAACACUCAGUGUUUGAAUGCUGGUGGACAUUUACUGAGCAUUCAUGAUAUAGAGGAGCAAAGCUUUGUGCGCUCGCAGCUUGGAUACAUGGAGACAGAUAAGCUGUGGAUUGGUCUGAAUGACCAGAAGACGCAGCUGCUGUUUGAGUGGAGCGAUCAGUCUGCCGUCACAUUCACCACAUGGGACACCGAGGAGCCAUCUCACCACCGCUCUAUAGAGGAGGACUGCGUCCUGAUGGGAGGCAAAGAUGGACAGUGGAGGGAUGAAGUCUGUGCAAGCAAGUAUGGCUUCAUCUGUAAGAAGACAGGGGACUCCACAUCAGACACACACAACGAUGCCCAAAGUGCAGGCUGUAAAGCGGGAUGGAUCAGGCAUGGCUAUAACUGCUACUUUGUUGGCACACAAACAAGUGCAUUUGAAGAAGCCAAAGAGCUUUGCAAAAGGAGUAGCGCCUAUUUGGUCGAUGUACAAAGCAGUGUAGAGAAUGCCUUUCUCAUCAGCCUGGUGGGAGCCAGACCAGAGAAGCACUUCUGGAUUGGGUUGUCUAACCAAAGAGACCGUUACAUGUUUGAAUGGUCCAACUCAAAGCAUGUCCCCUACACUCACUGGAAUACACGUAUGCCAGGCCAAAAGCAGGGUUGUGUGGCCAUGACGACUGGGGCUUUGGCCGGACUGUGGGAUGUGCUUAGCUGCUCCAACAAGGAGAAGUACAUCUGCAAGCACCAGGCCGAGGGAGUGGUGACCACCCCGGGCCCACCUACCUCACCCGCUCCCAGCUGUGCAGAGGGAUGGGAACCCCUGGGAGUCAGACACUCCUGUUACAAGUUUUAUAAUAUGGAUUACAAUGAGGGGAAGACCUGGUUUCAAGCUUUGGAUUUCUGCAGAUUCAUUGGUGGGGAUUUGCUCAGUAUCCAUAAUCGUUUCGACAAUUUCUUAACUGGAGAAGGAUAUAAUGCUUGGAUUGGCUACAGUGCUCAAGAUCCCGGUGUUGGCUACACAUGGGUUGAUGGAACAGCGUCUUCCUAUACAAACUGGGAAUCUGGACAACCAGAUGAUAAACAUAAUAUGGAAAAGUGUGCAAUGAUAGAGUUGCCAUCAAUGAAAUGGGAAGACCGCAACUGUGAAAUAACGGACAACUUCAUUUGUGAGAUACGUAAAGGAGUUACCCCAAAGGACCCUGCCAAUUUCACCAUUCCUGAACACAAUGUCACAGAGGAUGGAUGGAUUGAAUUCAGUGGUCAUCAGUACUACCUUCAUGAGGGGUCAUAUCAGCUUGACUUUCAGGAAGCUCGGAGGUUCUGCAAGAAAGGCCAUGGUGACCUUGCUGUAAUAGAGACUGAACCAGAGAGGCUGUUUCUCUGGAAACUGAUAUCAAGGCUUUGGGGUACAUUUUAUAUUGGAAUGACAAUUGAUACCGAUCUCAGUAUGCAGUGGAUAGAUGAUACUGCUGUGAUUUAUGACCGUUGGAAUGAAGACCAACCACCAGAUGAAAUCAGUGACGAAACCUGUGUGGUAAUGGGAAUGCCAUAUGGUCUCUGGUCUGUUUCUCGCUGUGAUGGGAGACAUGGGUUCAUUUGUGAGCGUCAUGAAACUCCUCCUGUAAAUGCGACUCUGGCUCCUACUGAGGCCCCUAAGGGAGGCUGUGCCUCUGACUGGACAAAGUACAGAGAAUAUUGCUACAAGACUGAAUUUGCUUCAAAAACCUGGAGAGAGGCUCAGCUGGUCUGUAAAGCAGAGGGUGGAAAUCUGGUAUCUAUAAGAAGGAAAGAGGAACAAGCCUUUCUGACUACUUUGAUGUUGAAUGCUCCUGGAGAUUUGUGGAUUGGGCUGAAGUCUUCCUUCUCAUCAACAAGCAUUUUUUGGACAGACGGAAGAUCUGUGCCUUUUACAAACUUUGACCGCAAAAAGAGAGACUAUCCAGAGAUAUUUCCAUCUUGGAAUCGUAUUGAUGGGAAUGUGUGCUAUAGGAUGAUACUUUCCCCCAGUGCUAUGACUGGGCACUGGAGGCCAGCACUUUGCAAUGACACCAACGGAUACAUCUGCAAAAGAGCCACUGAGAGCGACAUUAUCCCACAGACGACAGUGCUGCCCCAAUCAUACAUCAAGUUUGGGAACGACUCCUUCAAGGUGGAGCUAACCAAUCUGACCUGGUGGGAGGCCAAGGAGAGGUGUGAGGCAGAUCAUGGAGCCCAGCUGGCCAGCAUUCGGGACAGCAUCACGCAAGCCUACAUAGAACUGCAAAUCCACAAACUCAAGCAGCCCAUGUGGAUUGGCCUCAACAAAAAUAUGACAGGUGGUUACUUUAGAUGGAUAGAUGGUUGGUCACUGAAUAUGGUAAGCUGGAACAGGCAAGAGCCCCGAGGCCAUUUUUCCUGUGGGUUUGUGGACAUAGAAGGAUACUGGAGUACUGGCCCUUGUAAUCAGUCCCUUCCAAGUGUAUGCAAAAAGUCAACGGACAUUGCACCAACUCCUGAUACCCAAUACCCUGGAGUGUGCCAAGAGUCUUCUGAGGAUGAAAUAUGGUCUCCUUUUCGGGGCUAUUGCUAUACAAUCGUCCAUGACCUGCAUAUGGCAGGUCAAGCCUUACUAUCAUGCAAAGAGAGAGGCGGAUCUCUGCUCAGCAUUGAGGAUCCUGAGGAAGCCAAGUUUAUAAACGGCUUGCUGGAGAUGAUACAAGACACGUAUGAGUCUGUCUGGAUUGGCCUUGUCAAAAACUUAAAAGGUCAGUGGCAGUGGAUGGAUAACACUGUUUUGGACUAUACCAACUGGGCAGACGAUGUGGACUUUGCAGAAGAAGACAAUAACUAUGCUAUGAUCUUAACAUCAGACUUCAAAUGGAGAAAUGCAUGGUUAUACAAGCACAUACCAUACAUCUGUAAAUCUGCCAAAGUCCCUAUUUCUGCUAGCUCCACAGCAAAGCCCGGUCUUCAAGAUGCUCAUCGCAGUUUUGCCGUGGUUGGGCUUGUGGUCAUUAUUGCCGUGAUCCUUUUGCUGGGAAUUGCGGCCUAUAUGUACUACAAAGGGUAUAAACCAACUCUCCCCAGUCGUCCUAACUUUGACAACUCACUAUACUUUGAGGUGCCAAAAUCAACAGAUCCAGAUAACACAAAUUUAAUACAUGAUGUUGAAUUAGAAUAGAAUGUGUACUAGGAGACCGAUGUAACAAUCCAAUUUUUUCUGUGGAAAUGAAUAUUAUAUUACCUCUUUUAUUUUAACAAAAUAUGAUAGGUCAACAUGUUUUUCAACUUUUGGGUCAUUGCUUGGCUACCUCACUUAUAACUAAAUUAGGGAGCAAGCUAUUUAGCUAACUGUAAAACAUCAUCAGGCCACAUAAAGGCCUAUUCAAUCAAUGUCCACCAAUAGAUACCCAUGUUUUGGAGGUGAAAAAAGGCUGUCAGUGUAGACACCUGUGUAGCCUGACAGUUAUUAUUAACUGCUAGCAAAAAUGUAUCUAAGUAAGCUUGUUAUGAUUUUAUAUACAAAAUGAAAGAAUCAGCUGAUACUUUAUUUCGAUUUGUACAAUUUUUUUGAUUUUGUACAAGUAAAGCCAUACAAAACCUUGCUCAUAGCUCAUGGCAUGUGGAAUGCAUUUACUCUUCCCCAAAUCUGGGGUAUCUGUCCUCUGCUUUACUUAAAUUAACAGUAGCUCCUGUGAAUAUCAAGUUUUAACCUUGUUAAAAUGUCCAUAUGGUGUCUGCUAUGUUUUACAAGAUAUAUCAUAAACGGAAU